AUGCCUUCUUUUCCAGCAGAACCACUUCUAGCCCCAAACCCAGAUCGCUUCUGCAUGUUCCCAAUUCAAUACCCUAAAAUCUGGGAAAUGUACAAAAAAGCCGAAGCUUCUUUCUGGACAGCAGAAGAAGUCGAUCUCUCCCAAGAUCUUCACCACUGGAAAUCCCUAACCGACGACGAACGCCACUUCAUCUCACACAUUCUUGCCUUCUUUGCCGCCUCCGACGGCAUCGUCUUGGAGAAUCUCGCCGGAAGAUUCAUGAAAGAAAUUCAAGUUUCAGAAGCACGUGCCUUCUACGGUUUCCAGAUCGCGAUCGAGAAUAUUCACUCCGAGAUGUAUAGUCUCCUUAUUGAAACCUACAUCAAUAAUAACACCGAGAAGAAUCGUUUGUUUCAUGCUAUUGAUACUAUCCCUUGCAUCGCGAAGAAAGCUGAUUGGGCGUUGAAAUGGAUCGAUUCGUCUGAUUCAUUCGCUGAACGAAUCGUUGCUUUUGCUUGUGUAGAAGGUAUAUUUUUCUCCGGAAGUUUCUGUGCAAUUUUCUGGCUUAAAAAACGCGGUUUAAUGCCUGGAUUAACUUUUUCAAACGAGCUUAUUUCGCGCGACGAAGGUCUUCAUUGUGAUUUUGCUUGUUUGAUUUAUUCACUUUUGAGGAAGAAACUGAGCGAGGAGCGCGUGAAGAUGAUUGUGCGCGAUGCUGUUGAAAUUGAGAAAGAGUUUAUUUGCGACGCGCUUCCGUGCGCUUUGGUUGGGAUGAAUGGGGAGUUGAUGAGUAAGUAUAUUGAGUUUGUUGCUGAUAGGUUGUUGUGUGAAGUUGGGUGUGGGAAAGUUUAUAAUGCUGAGAAUCCUUUUGAUUGGAUGGAAUUGAUUUCGCUUCAAGGGAAAACUAACUUUUUUGAGAAGCGCGUUGGGGAGUAUCAGAAAGCUUCUGUUAUGAAUAGCUUAAAUGGUAAUGGUGCUGCGGAACAUGUCUUCAACAUGGAUGAAGAUUUUUAG